GCGUCUCAAGCGGCGUUGUAGCGUUCGCUGAGAGACCUCACGUUGAUUUAUUAGCUUCCGAUAGCAAAAAAUGUAGCGAAGAGUUUCCUGCAUUUUAGGAGGAACCGCGCCGUUGCAACAGUAUCUAGAAGUUUUUAUCAACACAAGACAGGGUUACAAACAGCAGGACAAAAGCGCCGAGUAAAAUGGCAGAGCUGGGCCCUUUGAGGAAGGACGAAGACGGAAAUGCCCCGGACAGAAAUGUGAUGGACAGUCUUCUGGAGGCGGUGGGCACGCGCGGCCGCUUCCAGCAGCGCUUCAACUGGACCUUCAACUUGCUGGUGAUGACGUUCGCCGCCAUGCCGUACGUCAACUUCGUCAUCGCGCUCACCGUGCCCGACCACUGGUGCCACGUGCCCGGCAGGGAGUCCACCAACUACACGCAGCAGCAGUGGAAGGCCUUGCACAUACCCAGAAAGGAAGACAACGCGUCUUUCGAGAAGUGCCUGAUGUUCAACUCGAGCAGCGACGAGCCCAUCCCUUGCCAGCAGGGCUGGGACUACGACCGCACGUGGUUCUCGCGCACGGCGCCCUCGCAGGAGGAUUGGGUGUGCGAGGACGAACUCAAGGUGGUCAACGUCUUCUCCUUUGGACAGCUGGGCGAAGUUGUUGGAACGCUCGCCUUCGCACAUAUCGGAGAUAUGUGGGGCCGGCGCACGGCGUUCUUCCUGUCGGCGCUGACGUCAUCGGCGACGCACUGCCUGAUGGUGGCCACGGCGCACUCGUACCCGCUCUUCGUGGCCGUCUCCACGCUAGCCAGCGCCACCAACGCAGCCUCCUUCCAGGCGCCGCUCACCUUCAGCAUGGAGGUGUGCGACGAGGAGACUAAGGGCCGCGUGAUGAUGAUGCAGUGCCUGGCGUGGACGCUGGGCAUGCUGGUCAUGCCCAUGGUGGCGUGGCUCUGCCGCGACUGGGUGCCCUUCAUGCUCGCCACCUCCAUACCACUAGGGCUCGCCGUCUUCCUGCAUAGGCUGUUCCCGGAAUCGCCGCGCUGGCUGGCCAGCCGUGGGGACCACGAGCGCUGCCUGGAGUCAUUGCGGGAGAUCGCCCGCGUCAAUGGCACGGCGGUGCCGCCCGGGGCGCUCCAGCAGCUGCGCCACUCCAGCGUCGGCCGCGAGAAGUCUCUCGGCGUCGCCAGCCUCUUUUCCAGUUGGAGGCUCAUCCUCAACACGCUGCUCAUAUCCACCUGCAGGAUGGUGUUCGAGCUGGCAUACUACAGCCUGCUACUAAAUGUGACUAACUUGGAGGGUAACCCAUUCAUGAAUUUCGCAUGGCAGUCACUGGCAGAGUUCCCUGGAUAUGUAGCAGGUCGUUGGGUGGCUGACCACAUGGGUCGUCGCUGGUCACAGGUGGGCGUCUCAGUUAUUGCUGCCUUUGCCCUCUUCAUUGCUGCUGCAUUUGCUGCAGUGCCUGAACUGUCGUGGAUAUGCUCAGGUGUGACCAUGUUUGCACGAUUGUGCCUCAUAGUACAGAGCUAUGUGAGCUAUCUGCAGGCCAUGGAGGCAUUUCCCACUUGUGUGCGACAGACGGGUACUGCUGUUGGCAAUGUAGCAGCAGGUGCCCUUGUCGUUGUUGGACCAUACAUAGUGUACCUGGGAAAGACAGACCCAUGGCUGCCAUUUGCGGUACUGGGUGCAGUGACACUGGCAGGGGCUCUACUGGCAUCCUUCAUCCCUGAGACACUGCAUGUGCGUCAACCUGAGACACUGCAGGAAGCUCAAGUCUUUGGGUCUGACCAGCCAUACUUCAGCUGUAUAGGCAUGAAGCGCAGGUGCCACACUUCUGGAUGAUCAUUAUCAACCAUGCAGUGGGCUCUCAAUGUAAUCACACAACAUUUUUUCAUAUUUAUUCUUACCACUCAUGAGCAAACUUAUUAUAGGACUAAAAAAAUUACUGCUAGAAUGACAGAAAAUAACUAUUUCAGCAAAACCUAUGUCUCCCCAUCCUCACGAAAAAUAGAUCUAAAGAAAAGGAAGGAAGAUUUAGAGUUCAGUAUCUUGUUGACAAAGUAGAA